AAACUCCACGACUUAAUAUCUGAACACCGCCAUACCCACCGAUUGCGUUUCCAAAUUCAGAACAAGUAAUCUCCACCAAUUUCUCGAUUUUGAGUUCCGAAAUCCCUGAAUUCCAUUCGAUUCGAUUCUUCCUCUGAUACGAUUGAUUCAUGUUUUCUCGUGAGAAAUCGAACAAGGAGCCUCGCCUUCCCGAUGAGGCCAUUAAAAUUCUCAAGUCGUUGGCGGCGAAAUGGGACGACAUACCCGAUCCGGAUGCGUUGCAGGUCUUUCGUCUCAAGGGGGCAAUGACGAACGAGGUCUAUCAGAUCAAAUGGCUAACCAAACCUAACCUUGAUGACGCUUCUCUGCAGAGAUCGAGAAAAGUUCUGGUGAGAAUCUACGGCUCUGGCGUGGAUGUGUUCUUCAAUCGCGAAGAUGAGAUCCGUACGUUUGAAUUCAUGUCGAAGAAAGGCCAGGGCCCUCGAUUGCUCGGCCGUUUUUCUAAUGGCCGUGUCGAAGAGUUUAUUCGCGCUAGGACCCUUACGGCUGCCGAUUUACGCGAUCCCGAGAUAUCUGCUCUUAUAGCAACUAAAAUGAGGGAAUUCCACCAGCUAGAUAUGCCCGGCUCCAAGACUGUUACGUUAUGGAAGAGGCUAUGCCAUUGGCUUAAGGAAGCCACACGACUAUCUUCGGAAAAGGAAGCUGAAGAAUUCCGUUUCAAUGAUCUGGACAAUGAAAUAUCGAUGCUGCAAAAGAAUCUGUCUACUGGUAAUCAGCUAGUAGGAUUCUGCCACAAUGAUCUGCAAUAUGGGAACAUUAUGAUGGACGAAAUAACCAAACUUAUUACAAUAAUUGACUAUGAAUAUGCAAGCUACAACCAUGUAGCCUUUGAUAUCGCAAAUCAUUUUUGUGAGAUGGCUGCGGAUUAUCAUACUGAAAACCCCCAUGUUAUGGACUACAAAAAAUAUCCAGGUUUGGAGGAGCGAAGAAGAUUCAUCUGCAUCUAUUUGAAUGGCUCAGGGAAACAACCCAGUGACUCGGAGGUGAAUCAGUUACUUGAGAUUGUGGAGAAGUUUACUCUUGCAAGCCACCUUGCUUGGGGCUUAUGGGGAAUAAUCUCGGAGCAUGUCAACAAGAUCGAUUUCGACUACAUGGAGUAUGCGAGGCAGAGGUUUCGACAAUAUUGGGCAAGAAAGCCACAACUGCUGGAAGUUUCUAGUUCCAGAAAAUCCUAAUCCUAGCCUGACAACUAAGUUCAAGAGGACAGUUUUGAGUCUCUGUGUAUAUAUACAUUUUCGUGUCGCGCAUUUCUUUUGUAUGCUUAGGAUUACAAAUGCAUGAUUGAACAGAACCAACAAUCCAAUGUUUAAGCCCUUUACUAGUAACUUGUAUUAUAAAGCGUAGUUCCUAUCUACAUUA